CUGUAAUACAUUUAUGAAUAAGUGUUUGUAUUUGUUUCUCUGCGAGAUCAACAUACGCAGAUAACAAUUAAUAACAACUCAUUAUACAGCGGCGAGUUUGGUGACUGCAGGGAGAAUGGAGCCAGAGGCACUCUUGCGUCAAAAUGAGGAUCUGCGGAGGAGGCUGGAAGAAGAAUCGGCAAGCUACAAAAGACGCCUUGAGACAUACAGGCAAGCACAGCAGCACCAGGCAGCACUUGUCAGCCGCCUUCAGGCAAAGGUUCUUCAAUACAAACAACGGUGCUCUGAGCUGGAAAACCAAAUGGUGGAGGUAGCACCUGCAUCACCAGCCCGUGAAAUUCCUUCCAUGACUGCUGCUGUUGGAACAAUGGGAUUACGUGAGCGUGAUUCUGAACGUGUAUCUGACCUUGACACUGCCCUAAGGAAACUGGAUGAAGAGCGCCGCAAAUGUGAGAAGCUUAUGCAGCUCAAUACAACUUUACGUGACCAGUUAGAAGAAUGCCACCAAACAAAUGAAGCAUUGACAUCUGAUCUGCAGAAGCUAACUUCUGAUUGGGAACAAAUGCGGGAAGAGAUGAUGGCAAAGGAAGACGAGUGGAAGGAAGAAGCUCAGGCAUUCAAUGAGUACUACACAAUGGAACAUCAUCGCUUACUGAAUCUGUGGAAGGAAGUGGUAUCAGUCAAACGUCUUUUUGCAGAAACGCAAGCUGCAACACAGCGCGAUCUUGCACGUAUUGGAGCAGAAGUUAGCAGUACUUCACGUGAAGUGUGUUCAGUCUGCAGCAGUGUGGCAUCUACUCUGCGACAAGCUCCACGUGCAGGGGAGCAGAUGCAGCAGAGGCAUGAACAGCAGGAAGCAGAAUUACGAGCAGAGUUGGCCACUGCUAGAAGGCAGGCAGAUCUAGCUGCUGCAGAAGUUCGGGAAAGAGAUGAACGCAUCCAGCAGCUUGCAAGAGAUCUACAGACACUGGAAGAACGCUGUGGAGAAGCAGAACAGAAUUUGAGCCAAGUGUCCCGUGUGCAAGAAGAACUGGACUUGUUGCAAGGUGCAUUAAGAGACAUUGCUCACGCUGUGAUUCAAGAUUCAGAAUCACGUGAACGGGAAGUUGACUCUACACCACACACAUCACCCCAUGUACAUCUCUCCCAACAGGGACCACCGCCACCUAGGUCACCAAAGCGCUCCAUGCGCACGCCAACAUCUCAGGCAUUUGCUGAGAGCACAAUUUCUGCAGUUCAAGCAGCUCUGCACAAAUACCAGCUACAGAUUCAUGAACUACAGGUGAAGCUGCAGACAAGCAGAGAGCAGCUUAUGACAUGCAGAAAGCAGUGUGAAGCAGCUGAAGAAGCCCAGAAUGUCCUGAAUAGCCGUGUUUCGGAAUUAACAGUGCAGUGGGACACUUGCCGAGCCCAUGGAGCACAGCUACAGCAGGACAAGGACAGCCUUCAGCGUGCACUUGACGGUGUGCGAGCAGACAAGGCUGCUCUGGAAAGGGCUCGUCAGGAUUUAACUGCUGCUUUGGACACCAUGAAUAGUGACUACGAUAAACUGCAGAAAUCCCAUGUAAGACUACAGAAAAUGUGCAACAGUCUUGAAGAUGAAAAACUCUUCUUACAAAGUGAACUAGACAGGAUUACAAAGGAUUCAGAAAUUAGGGAAAUAAAUAUGCGUGCAGAAGAAGAGCGAUGUAGUCGAUUACGAGAAGAGCUCCUCACACUCCGUGAAGAGUUAAAUCAUGCCCAAAUGGCACGUGAUAUGCUUGAGCAGCAGAAGUUAGAGACAGAUCUAUUAAUAUCACAGCUUGAAAAAGGGAAAGGUGAUAUAGAUUUGGAGCUAGAACGUAUCCUCCUCGAAAAAUCUGAUGUACAAGAAGCACUGGUUAAGGCAGAAACAGUGUGUGCUAGUCUUGAGCAAGAUAAAAAGCGACUUCAAGAUGAAAUUAAGAAGCUUGAAGAUGAGAAGGCAGCCUUACACAGCCAGAGCAUUGACCAGCAGAAUGAUCUCAGUUCACUAAGGAAAGAGCUGUUGCAAGCCGAACAGACACGCUUGGAUCUGGAGUCAGAUAAAGUAUCACUCCAAGAGAAAGUUAAGUUCCUGGAAAUUGAAAAGGAAAAGGUGGAGGUAGAGUUGGCUCAAGUAACACGUGAACGAGGUGACUUAAGUAACCAGCUGUCAGCUCUUGCUCGCAAAAAGGAAGCAUUAAAUGAAGAACUAAUGAGGGUGAAACAAAGGUUAGAACAAGCUACUGAAACUAAUGGUAGACUGAAUAGGGAUCUUGAGGACCUUGUGAAAGACAAAGAAGAGAAACAGGUAAUGUUAGAAACAAGUGAGAAAGAAAUUCAGAGACUCCAAGAACAACUAGCUGCAAUGAGGAGUGAGAAAGAAGCCCUGGAAGGAGUGCUGUUUGAUACACAAACAAACCUGGAAACAGCAGAAACAAGACGUGUGCAGCUGGAGCAGGAGCAGCAGGAUCUGUUAGUGAAACAAGAGUCACUCAAGGGUCAGGUUUGUCGACUGACACGUGAACUUGAAACUUCAGAAAAGCGUGCUCAAGAUAUAAAGACCUCACUCACACAGCAGUCGGGUACACAAGAAGCAGAAUAUCAACAUACCCUUUCAAAUUUGCGUAAAUCCAAUGAGGAUAAUGUACGAAAACUUUCUGAAGAAAAGGAACAAGUGCGAAUAUCUUUGGAAAAACGUAUGCAGCAGUCAUUGCAGCAGCUGGCUAUAGAGAAGAAUUCUGAGAUACAACACUUACAGCAACAACUAGAGCAACUUCAACAGCAUCUAGAACAUGUGUGUCAACAGCACGAAGAGGUUAUGCUGCGAGCAGAAAAUGAGAAACAGCAAGCUCUUCUUAUAGCACACCAUGAUCAGCAAGCGGUUCAAGCAAAAUUAGAAUCAGUGCAACGGGAACUGGAGCAGGAGCAAGCAGCAUUGGAGCGGCUUAGACGUGAUUCAUCAGUACGUGCAGAGCAGGACCGUGCCAGUGUCAAUCAGUUACGAGAGGAACUUGCCAGACUCAAAGCAAGAUUGGAUGAAGCCAGAGUGAGAGGAGAAGAUGAAAGAGCUAAGCUUGAAGCAUCCGCUGCUGAAAUUCGUAAGGAGCGUGAUCUUGCUCAACAGGAAGCUCAAGAACUGAAAGUUCAGUUACAUCUAGCUGAAGAUAGAUAUGACAGUUGUCAUCAGCAACUGCAGGAGACACUGCGCAAACUUAAAGAAUUGGAAAAUAGCAGUGAAAUGCUGCGCAAGGAGCUAACCGAUGUCCGAAGACAGCUUGCAGAUAGCAACUAUGAAAAAGACAAGUACAGCAGCUCCAAUAAAGAAUUAAGAGAAUAUGUGAAACGUAUUGAGGGUGAAAAACGUGAACAGAGCCGCACCCUAGAAGAUGCAUAUCAGAAGAUAGCAAGCUUAGAAGAUGUGAAGGCAACACUCGACAGUGAACGGUCAAGGCUACAGGGCCAGCUGCGUGAGGUGGAGAGACAACAACUACAGACAGCUCAGCAGCUCCAGGCUAUUCAAGAAGAACUGUCACGUACUCGGGCAGAAGGUAGCCAGAGGCUCAAUGAAGAGCGCGAACUUCAAGCACGACUAACUACAGAAAUUGAAGAACGAGAGCGAGCUCAGCAGGAAGUACACACUCUUCGCAAACAGCUUGCAGAGGUGGAAUCUGGUGCGGAACAGCUACGCCAGGAAUGUGGAAGAUUGAGGUCACGGGGCGCUGAGCAGGAGGAGCAGUGGCGUAUGAGAGAGCAGGAGUUGGCAGUCAGACUGGAAGAUGGCCGCUGCCGUGAGAGAAAAUUGGAGGACCAGAGGCACAACCUUGAAGUGUGUCUUGCAGAUGCUACUCAACAAAUACAAGAGUUGAAGGCCAGACUUGGUGGUGCAGAGGGCAGAGUCAGAGCCCUAGAUCAGCAACUAGUACAACUGGAAUCUGCUAAGAAAGAAGUGGAGCAGAAGUUAAGCAGUGUUGGAUCAACACUACGAAGAAUUGCUGGCAUACAGAUGGAUGGAAGUGUCACACUUCCAUACAGGUUGCUCAGCCCCUCAAGACGUUGGAGCCCAGUCCGAGCAGGUAAAUCUCAGGAUGCAGAUUCACGAGGUGAGGGUGUUAUUGAUGUUGACCCAGAGCUUGUUAGAAAAGGAGUGCGGUCCCUCAUGCAUCAAGUUGCUCAAAUAGAACGAGAAAGGGAUGAUUACAAGACCCAAGUGGGAAGCAUGAAGCGCCAGUUGCAAGAGGUUCAAGACCUAAAUGCUAAAACAGAAACAAAACUGAGUUCUGCCUUGCAAAGUCUGCGUUCACUACAGGAUGAGAAGGGAAGCCUAGAAAUGAAGCUUGGACAGAAGCAGACAGCUCUACAAGCUCAGGCUGAUGCAAUGCAGCAGAAAUCAGAAGAGUUACAACAACUCAGAGAGAAAGUUACAACACUGGAAUUGAACAUGCAAAGUAGCUCAGAAGAGAAAGGUCAAUAUGAGGAUAAACUGGAAAAGUUAAAGCAAGCAUUAUCAAAAUGUGAGGGAGAAAAACGGAACUUGCAAGAGGAAUUGAGCCGUAGUGAAUCACGUGCAACCAAACUAGAGCUGCAGCGCAUGGGGCUUGAAGGAGAUCUUCAGCGGCUUCACAUGAUGCUUCAGGAGAAAGAUGCACUUUUGCAGAAGAUGCAAGAGAAAUGCGACACACAGGCUCGUAGCUUGACAGGCUUGGAAGAACGAUGUGCAUCCCUGAAGACAACAAUUGAACAAUUAAACCUUGCUCUGGAGCGUGCAAGUACAGCUGAACAGGAGCUUCGAACAGAAAUACAAGCACUUGAGCGAGCUCUUGCCGAUUCUAGUUCCACUGCCCAGAGUAGUAUGGAGAGGCUUAAACAGUUGCAGAAGUCUUUAACCAACAGUGAAAAUGAACGGCGUGUUCUGUCUGAGAGACUAGACGCAGCGCAACAGAGCAAUGCAGAGCUUCGACGUUCACAGCAGCAGUUGCAGGAGCAGACGCAACGUCUUCAAGUAGAGUUAGCAGAUGCGGAAGUCACGCGCUCAGGGCUAGAGGCUCAAUUACGUUUGGCUGCCUGGCCAUCUGAUGGCGCAACCUCUGGACAGUUGCCUGGCCGUGAUGAUGAGCUUAACCGCCAACUUGCUGCAUCCCAAAGGGACCGCUCUGAAUUACGUGGUCGUGUUGAAGCACUCUCAGACAAGGUACGUCAGUUAGAAGCAGAGAAACGCAGUUUGGAACGCAGCAGCAAAGCAAUGUUGUCAAGCCGAAGCAAGAGCUAUGAGCGACCAGAAAAGACGGAUACUGCAGAAAUUCAAGCAGUGGAGAAGGAGAACCGUGAUCUGCGACUGCAAGUGCGGCGGUUAGAAGCACAGCUGGCUGAAAAGGAGUCAGAGCUGGCAAGAUUACGUUCACAGCACUCUGACCAGAGACCAGAUCGUUCUGCAGAGCUGGAAAGAGUGAGGGCAGCACAGCUACAAGCAGAACGCCUGUUGGAAGCUCGGGAGCAGUCUCACCGGCAGCAGGUGCUUCGUCUUGAAAAUCAGAUCCAAUUAUUGCGGGAGCAGCUGGCACAAGAAGUGAAGCGGCGGCAACUUUAUGUACUACGGAGCUCAAGAACUGGUCGAGAAAUGCAGCAGUUAAGACAGGCACUUGGAGAUUCCUUACGCACAGUGGCACAGGAUCCUGGACUUGAUGCUCUCCUGCUGGAGCAUGAGACUCGAAAACUUGAUACAACAUUAGCAUCUGCCACAGGCACUUCACCACAACCUCCAACCUCAACCCUUGCUCUUCCUCCACCAUCAUCACAUCACUCAUAUUCUGAUGGGCAACCAAAGUGAUCUUAAUGUCUGUUCUAAAUGAGAUGCACAGCUUUCUGGUGCGUAAUGCCCUGCAUUUGCUCACCAUUCAUUGGCAGAGCAACUCCUUCAAACACAUCAAGAAUUUGUUUCCUUAAAUAUACUGACAUGUACAAGAAUAUUCUGAACUUCUGUCCAAUCACUGCCAUUUAAUGUGAAUCAUUUCAUAAAAGUUUGCAGAAGCGACUUAGAACAGAUUUAUAAUUUUUAUACAUUGUUGAAACCCAUUGUUCAUAGUUAACUCACUGUUUUAUAAUGAACUUAAGAAUGAUGUAACAAUAGGAGACAAAUGUAAUAUGGUAUUUUGGUAGGAGUGUUUUAAUAUUUCUGCAACUGUUGUAUCAUUCACGGAGUUAUGGCUAGCAAAUCCAUCCAGUGGAAUUGUAAUGUAUUCUCUUUUUAAAAUGACAGCUUUAGUAAGCAGUGGCAUGGGAGAAGUAACCUGCGGGGCUAAAUACUGCAACUGUAUUUGGGGAGCACU